CGCUCCCUGGCUUGGAUGUGGCUGUUAUGCAAAAGAAUAUUAAAUGUUUCCUCAACAACCCCUACGGAAAUGAAUCAAGUUGUUUAGAGGCAGUCGCAAACAGCAUACAAACCACGGCUGUGAAAAUCUCUGAGUUCUAUUUUGAGGUUGAGGCCAACGUGUCCAUAACAGGAGGCCACGAUCCAGAGCAAAUCCUUUCAACUUGGAUCAGCAAAGCUCUACCACAUCCUAAUAUGACGGUGCUCGACUUCCAGCUGUUGCCGAAGCCUCAUGGGUACAGGCAUAAGAAUAAGCAAAUAAACACGGUGGCACCCUAUGGAGGUUCCAGAGCGGGGUGUGUUUUCCAGGUUCAGGUUGUGACGUCACAGUCAGACCCACAUGACAUUGAAAACCAAAUACGACAGCUGCUGAAUAAGACCUAUAAUGAUCAAAAUGUCAACAUGUCUGCAGAAGAUCACAACAUACAGAUCAGUCGUAUUUUGAUAGUUGACUGCAAACCAGAAACCCACUUGACCAGGAAAGGUCUGUUUGUUUGGCUCUCUACCUUUGGAGGGAAAAUCGUCACUCACCAGUGUCCAAAGAACCCUUCCCUCUAUGCUACACGAAACUGUAAGAUGCGCCUCAACACACACUGGAUGGAGCCCAAUCUGGAUGACUGCCAUCUGGUGGUGGAAACAGUUUCUGAUUUGGAAGAUAUUGAAGUGACAGCAGAGAAUGCAAGAGAUGUAGCUGAGAUGAUUGAGAGUCUGCUCGGUGAACAGUCCGCUCUUGGCUAUGGGGAGCUGUCCAUACUCCUGAACAAGCUGAAGGACAUCAUUCAUAUGACCGUGGUGACUCCAAACUUGGGUCAGGUGUUAAUCAACAUCAUCUCCAAAAUUCUGGAAUCGGACAGCGACUUCUCGCCUUUUACGAACACGAUUCUGAACAUCAUUGAGGCGAUGGGAGACACCAUGGUGGGCUACCAGCUCACCUCCACGCUGCUGGCUCCAGCUGUUGCUGUCUCCGUUUUAGACGUGAAUCGCGAAGAGUUUGGGAGGUUAACUUUUGGAGUGUCAUCUGACCAUGCAGGCUUAAACCCCCAGAUUUUUAUCAACAGAUUUCCAUUCAACAGCCCUGUAGCUUUCAUCGCAUUGCCAUCGUCCCUGUGGUACAGCUUCCCCCAGUACAGCCCUAGCAAGACUACAUCCAGGAUCCAGUUUCAGUUCUAUGCCAUCCCCAUGCUCUUUAAGAGUAACGAAAAGGGUCAGAUCCUCAACACUUUUGUGGUGUCAGCCAGUGUGUCCAACGCCACCUCCCCAAUCAAAGAUCUGCACGAAGAAGUCAAAGUCAUACUCUACCAUCUUAUACCCAAGACAGUGAGCUCAGAUGCCACUCAGAAAUAA